GGAACAGAUCUGUUUCACUUCGUCCAUGGACAUCAAUCAUGGGCUGAUUACUUAACGUACAUGGAGCAAGAUGGCGCAUGGGGUGACCAUGUUAUUCUAUGUGCCGCAGCAAACUGCUACAAAACUUGCAUUCGUGUGGUCAGCAGUCUUAACGCUACUCACGAUGUUAUCUUACGGCCACAAUGCCCUGUUUACAAUGGCAGGACACUUGUUUUGGGACACAUCCAUGAAGUACACUAUGUCAGCCUUCACUCCACACACGGUCAAAUCCAUCGAGACGCAGACGGUGAUGACAGCGAUGACGAAUCGAAAGAUCAAAGUGCGCAUGAACAGGGCGCACACCAGCCCGAUUAUGAAGAGCCCGAAGAGAGAGAUGAGACUGAACAGGAUGAAGAACCGGAGGAAGAACACGAAGACCCAUCAGAGCAGAGAGAGGAACCUGAAAUACAUGAAAAAGAAUCUGAAGAAAAACAUGAGGCUGUCAUGGAGGAUGAGCCUGACAAACAAGAAAAAGAAACGGAAAACGACUGCAAAGAGUCUGAAGAGCAAGAUGAAGAUAACAUAGAUGAGGAAGCUGGGGAAGACGAAGAGUUUAUUAAGAGUAAGGAUAAUCACCAAGCAGACGAUAAUCUCCCAGCAGCCUCAGGGCGAGAGUCUCCAAGAGCACCGCUGGCCACGUUCGACGAUGACAGCGAUCUUGAUCAGUUUUAUGAAGCGCUGGAUGGUAUAAAAGAAACGAGUGUGUAAUCAAAAAAACUGUAUUCUCAGAUGAGUGCAUUCUUUGUGUUGCAAGUUUACUUUAAAAUUAAAUCGAUUAAGUAGUUAUCAAGCACCUGCAGUAGUUUUCGUAAAUAGCGUCAAAAUACAAGCCUGCUGUUUUAUGAUUCCGUGUCAUGCUAAAAAUCAUAGUUA